UCAAGCAAACAGAGCGCCACGACUGGAUUCAUCCAGAAACACCAAAUAAUGGAGUUUAUCGAUUACUCUAUGGUUCAACGCACGGAUCAUGUGAUGUUUCUUUCUAAAAUAGACAGACGGUGGAUGACUUUUCACUGUGAAACGUGCAACGCGGUUUUAGGAGAUGGACUGAGUGUCUGCGGAGAAGUCAAGACCAUGAGCAGCAUCGUGUUUUUGAAAGUAACUAAAGAUGUCAUCAUUGAUGAGGAGGAGACAGAAGACAAAGAAUAUUUGGCUGAUUGUAUCUACAGUUUUCUUUCGUGCCGUUGUUGUCGUUCUGUCGUUGGAAAAAUAAUUCAUUCAGCUCCAUCUCGACUCUCAAACUGCCGCUCCAUGUUCCUGCUCCAUAAACCGAGCAUCAACUGUUACCUCCUCAACAGCAGCUCAGUGGUAAAAGCAACUUCAAUAUCUUUUGAAGUGAAGCCUCUCGGAGAAACCAUUCAAGAGAUAAUGGACAAGUAUGGAGGGAUGCUCAAACAUAAGGCCCACCUCAAGGAGGAACCUACUGAAAGCACAAUUUCAAGCUGUUAAGACAAAAAAACUGCACAAGCCACUGAUCAGAACAUAGUAUAUUUUUGUUCUAUAAAAUCAGUUAAAUGUUUUCUGUCAAAGUCUGUUUGUGACACAAGUUUGGUUAAAUUCAUUUUCUAGGAAGCUGUGUGUUGGGUUAUUAAGAUUAUUCUGUUAAUCAAUAAUGAUAUAUACAACCUGUGUUAUCCCAAU